UUUGCACUGGCGUUGUUUGCGUUCUUCGUUCCAACGGAGAAAAAAACCUUGUUUUCUUCGGUUUUCAUGUGCCAAUUCGCGUUAUUCCGUGUUUAAAAUUGAUCCGGCAAAAAUGGGUGGCUGCCGGUGCACGUUCCGGAACUGUGAGAACAGUACCAGUUCGCGACCGGGUAUGCACUUUUUCCACUUCCCCAUACGAGACUGGGAUCGGCUGGAAAUAUGGGCAUCCAACGCCGAUAAGUUGGAGUUCAAGAAUCUCCCACUGAGCAAACUGAAGAACAAAGUCAUUUGUCAGGACCAUUUUGAGAAUAGAAUGUUCAUGAACUACCUCAUGGAAGGGCUAGUCAAAACGGCCAUUCCGACGUUGGAGACCCUGGACGAUGGCCGUGUGUGGAAUAUCGAAACAAACGCCAUAACCGACCGGGAAGAGUGGGUGGUGCCGGGCAAGGAUUCCAUCGAUGGUGAUGCGGGUUCUGCUCCAUCGGAGUCUCAGACCACUCGAAUGGAGAUUCAAUUUCUCGACUCGGAUCAAGAAGAAUUCAGUAUAACUCCCGUUUGCGAAGAGCCACCGGAAAUUCUGAACAAAGCUUCGAGUCCAGUGCCGAUUAAACUGUCACUGGCCGAAAAGCCUAAAAAGACUGUUCCAAUGACGCCCCCGUCCAAUGCCGUUCUUCGUAAAGUGGUCAUCAAACGUAAAAAUCCAUCCGGGAACAAUUCACUCCGGCCAUCGAAAAUGCAGGUGCUUUCGAUUCACCGAAUACCGAAGAAUUCUCCCACCAAAGCAGAGGUACACAGAGAGGAAACUGUAGCAGAGGAAAUCCCAUCGGUGGCUACACCUUCCUCGUCGACGGAUGUUUCAGUGGAAAAAUCUGAGCCGGAAAUGAAAGAACCACCAGCUUCCCCGAAGUUACCACCUCCACCUGCGUCUCCGGUGGUCCAAAUCGUUACGGAUCCAUCCUACGUCGAAAAGUUGGAACAAGCAUCGACCGGAAUCGAGGAGCUGAAAAAAAUCCUCAUAGAUGUUCUGAAUAAGCCUCCCCCAGAACCGCAAAUUAUAACAGUUCCGGUGCCGACACCGGCACCACAAGCCGAACCCUCCGGUAACAGCUCUCCAAAAGCGGAGAAGGGACCUCACAUGAACAAAGUUCAAUUGUUCAACGGCAUCAAGCGGUAUCUCAAUCCAACGAUGGUGGCAAUGCUGCGGAUGGAAUUGUUUGCUGGUUCGGCGGAACGACAGUGGAAGGCAGACGAGAAAACACUCGCUGUAGAGCUGAACAACCUGGGCGAAAAUGUGUACGACCAUUUUAGCGACGAGUUCCGGUUUCGGUUGCCCUCGAAGAAAGACGUACAGAAGUGGAAGAAGGAGGCAUUGGAUGACGAUGGUGAUGCUUCGUGAAUGCGUAAAGGGUAAGUACCGGGAAAACUUGCACUGCACUGAAUAUGAAUGACAAACGUGAGCUAUCAGCUCAUUUUAAUGUGUAACUCUAAUAAUAAACUUUUGAAUAACUUAACUGCUAAUCUAAUAAUAAACU